CGUGUCAGCAGCACUCGCUGAAUUUCCAGCUUGUAGGUGUUUUUCAGCCGUUUUUUGAAAAGGAUUGGAGUCUUGGAUGCUGCUUUCCCUUCAAGAGGCCAGCGGAGCUUGUCUGCACUGAGCUGGACCCCGCAGGCCGGGCGCACACAGGUCCAGGCCGACAGAACGUGGCCUGACCUCCUGAUGAGGCUGAAGAGGGUGGGUGUUUGUGCUGCCAGGAAACAGGGGCCAACGGGGGCCAACGGGGCCAGUGUGCUGAGCAUGUCCCACCCCAGCCCCAAGGACGUGGGGGGCCGGGAGGAGGGGGCGUCCCUGCCUUCCUGGCUCUGGCAGGUGGAUGGAUGGACUCCCCCAGGAGACCGGCAGGCCGGGGGGGUGGGCGGCGGAGCCCUGAGGGGUGAGCAGACCCGCCUCCCACGGGCUCCCAGGACAAAACAAUGUGGUCAGACUGCCCUGGCAGCCUCGGCGCCCGGCCAAACACCGCCCUUCGCUCCUAUAGAUGCCAGGCAGGUAGCAGAGAGGCUGUCAUCCCAUGGGAAUGAUUCCAGAACCCUCCCUGGGGCAGGCUGGGACAACAAGUGGCCCCAGGGGGACAGGCACUAAGAAGGGGCACGGGCUGCCCGGGCUCUCCUUCCUCUGGGGCACUGCGGUCAUGGCCUUGGGCAGACGGCCCCUCCUGCUGCUGACCCUCAGCCUGGGCCUGGCCGGGGCCCAGAAGAGCCCAGAAGACGUGCCGGUGCAGCCAGGCUUUGACGCCCAGAAGGUGGAGGGGCGCUGGCUGACCAUCCAGCUGGCCGCCAGCCGGGCGCACCUGGUCUCCCCAGCUGACCCCCUGUGGCUCGCUCUCCACUCCAUCUGGACCCGGGGCCAGGACGUGGAGCUUGUCUUGUUCGGAAUAGGAGAGGGGGUGUGCCAAGGACUCAGUGUCAUCGUCCAUCCGACGGGGCUCCGAGGCCAGUACCGAGGCCCCCUGGAAGGCGGUGGCUCCCUGCUCCUGCACUUCGUGGGCACUGACUACAGCCACCUCAUCCUUUACGUCCGCUUCCAGGACGGCGGCGAGGCCACCAGCCUGUGGGCGCUGCUGGCCAGAAGACAUCUGGAGGAUCCGCAGUGGCAGGGGCGGUACCUUGAGUUCGUUUCCAAGUUCCAGCUGCAGGAAGCGCCCGUCUUCAACCUUGACGACCGCGAUGCCCAGUGCCCCCCACCCGAAGCCUAGCUCGGGGCUGCCCGAGUUUCCCUGCCAGCCCCGCCUGCCCCACUGUCCUCCCUCCCUCCCUGCUGCACCCCCGCUCGCCCAAGUGCCUUUGAACCCCUCUGCCAUCUGGGGGAGCCUCUCCAACCCUGAGCCCGGCCCCUCCCUCCUCACUGCGGGUCACCAGCUCCUGCCGACCAAAAACUAAGGGGCCCGCGGCCUCCCCCAGUCCGGCCCACGGGCUGGAGAACUCUGCACGUUGGGAGGGGCCACAAGCUCCGGCCACAGUGGGCACAGCGUCACAGUCCGGUGGAUGGAGCCACCUCCAGGGCUUCGCAGUGGCUCCCCACCCAGGCCAGAGGGGCACUGAGCAACCCCGGCACCGGCCCACGCUCCCCAGAAGAGCCAGGUCAGCCCCUGCCAAGCACUUGCAUGGCAGGUGAGCCGAGACGGCUUUCUGCCCGCUCCUCAGAGUCAAGGCCCCGCAAGGUGGUGCCUGGAUGGAAACCCCCAGCCAGGGCGAGCCAGGGGCCACCCGCCAGCAGGGCCGGCUCUUAGGAAACCAGGUCAGGGGUUUCCCAACCUGGGAAUGCCAGAGACAGGUAGGACCAGCUCCUGCCCCAGGAACACCCUUGGCAAGAGCAAGGCUUCCCAAGAGGCCACACGUUGCAGUGGGCCAUCCAUCACGGCCACCGCGUGAGGCCAGCACAACAGCAGCAACCCCACCAGUCACCUGUGUGGACGCUACCUGCGGCUCAUGCAGAAGCUGGGGGUGCACGUGCUCAAAACACAGCCGCUUCCCUACAAACCAGCAGCCCCAUAAGAAACAUACAAGGAUAGGAGCUCCUGCUGCAGCUCCGUGGGUUAAGAAUCCAACUAGUAUCCAUGAGGACUCAGUUCAAUC